GUCAGCUAAACAAACAUGGCUCUGCUACUUUUUCGGACAACGGACCUUUAUGAUACGUAGGCAAACAGAAAAAAGGGAAAACAUGCAACAGAUAAAACGCGAAAUGUUAGUUGUUAUAUGACACUAUAUCGUAAGAAAGGCGGUAUAUUUGCUUUGUUUUUCCCACAGAGCCUCUCCGUAGCCGUGUUUACAUGCAGCUAGCUCCACAGUUGGCUAAUGGAAGCUAGCUGUAGCAAAAUGGACCUUGGAACAAUGUUGUACAACAAUCUAAAAGAUGUUACAUGGAGCACCACAUCCUUACCUUUAGACCAGCUGGUCAGUGCAUAUAAGCUGCCACAGAUUGUCAGGCUGGAUAACGGUCAGUUGGUGGAAGGGCUUCGAGACAAUGACUACCUCUUGAUUCAUUCCUGCCGUCAGUGGACAACUAUUACUGCUCACAGCCUGGAGGAGGGACACUACGUUAUUGGGCCCAAAAUAGAGAUCCCUGUUCAUUAUGAAGGUCAGUUUAAGCUACUCGAGCAGGACAGAGAUGUCAAGGAGCCUGUGCAGUACUUCAGCAGCGUGGAGGAGGUGGCCAAAGCAUUCCCUGAAAGAGUCUACGUCAUGGAGGAAAUCUCUUUCAAUGUUAAGAUGGCAUCCGGGGAAUGCAACGAAGACACAGAAGUUUAUAACAUAACGCUAAGCACUGGGGAUGAACUGACGUUAAUGGGCCAGGCUGAGAUCCUUUAUGCAAAGAGCUCUAAAGAAAAGUCCAGGCUCAAUACGAUUUUCAAGAAGAUCGGCAAGCUGAAUUCUAUCAGUAAGAUCGGGCGAGGGAAGAUGCCCUGCUUGAUCUGCAUGAACCAUCGCACCAAUGAGAGCAUCAGCCUGCCCUUCCAGUGCAAAGGCUGGUUCAGCACCUGCAGCCCGCUGGAGCUCCAGAUGCAGGACGGCGAGCACACCAUCCGGAACAUCGUGGAGAAAACCAGACUCCCCGUGAACGUGGUGGUGCCCAGCACCCCGCCCCGCAACCAGUACGACCUGCACCUCAUCCGGGAGGGCCAUCGCUACAAGCUGGUUAACAUCCAAACCAAAACGGUGGUUGUGUGCUGCAUCCUGCGCAGCAACAAGAUCAUCCCCUUCCAUUUCCCCUUCCACAUGGCCAUGCCCAGGUUCAUCGUCCCAGAGGAGCUGCUGCUGGGAGAGCUGUGGUUGGAGACCAUGGUGCACCGCUGGUUUUCCUUCUGCCAGGAGCAGUUCGACAUAGACGACUACUCUCGGGCCGUCCGCGACGUGCGGGCCGACUGGAACGACGACGGCAAAAGCCCAAAGAAAAGCAGCGGAAACGGCAGCUGCGGAGGGAACGGUGGGAGCGGCGGCCCCAACGGCUGUCCCAACCACAAACGGGUCCCCAGCUCUUUGACUUACGCCCGGGACGAACUCACGCAGUCUUUCCACCGGCUUUCCGUGUGUGUCUACGGCAGCAACCUGCACGGGAACAGCGAAGUCAACCUGCAGGGGUGCAUGACGCUGUGCGGCGAUUGGGCCCUGCUGCCGUCGGACAGCAGCCAGUCCGAAUCCGGGGAAAACGAACACUCGUUCCCCGAGCUGUUGGACUGCACGAGCCAACAUGCAAAUCUCAACAAGCUGGACGUUCCCUAUGAGGAGCUGUGGUUGGAUCACCUGAGAGGGCAGAAUGCAAAACCCUCUCCUGGUGAGGCCAUAAGAGCCACAAACAGCGACUGCGCAACAACAGCGCCGCCAUCGUAUCCAGUCACAUGUCCUCUUGGUGCCAUAACAAGCUUAGAUGUUCCUCUUACUCCUCCACCUGUCCCACCCAAGUCUGAAGCUGUGAGGGAGGAAUGUCGGCUUCUGAAUGCUCCCCCCAUCCCUCCUAGAAGUAUGAAGCAGCUGCCAUCUUUGCCCAUCCCAUCCAAGCCCCGCCAGCAGGACACUCGGUCUCCAAGUCCAACGCUUUCCUAUUAUUCUUCUGGGCUCCACAACAUCGGAGCAGUUGAGCUAGAGGGAGGCGACCUGCAGGAGCAAAGCGCCGUCUGCUACCCCUGCAGCUGGGGUAAAUCCGCCAGCGCAGAGAAAAGAGCGGCUUCUCCCUGUGGAAGCCUGCCAUCAGACCGCGUGUCGUCCCGUUUGUCCUGGCCCAACAACUUCACCGGAGGAGACUCGCGUUGCACGGACGAGUUCGUCCCCGCCAGCUGCCGCAGCUACUUCAGCUACCCCAGGAAGAGGACCCCGAGUUCAGCGAAAACCUGCACCUUCAGCCUGGACGACUUCGACGGGCGAGAGCACGCACACCGCAGCGGAGAGUUCAGCUCGCAGAAAGAAGCCCUGACCCAGACGUGCACCAAAUCUUCCAGUUACAACUCUGAGAUGUACAGAAACAAGCCGAUAAAAGAAUCAAACACUAAACAGAGCUUAUCCUGCCCCAUCUUACCACCAAGAACACCUAAACCCAGCAUGAUCAAGAAGUGCCCAGAUCCAGAUGCUGUCUGUGACGCCCCGCAGGGCGCCGUCACUCCAACUGAGCUGGGCACCAAUGAGAUGGGGUCCAACUCUGUAGCUCUAACCUUCCCCUCUCUCUCUGCCACCACGCAGUGGCAGCCGCCUCCAGACUUGUCGGGCAUUUCCAUCGAAGAGGUAUCCAAAUGUCUGAAGUUCAUCGGCCUGCCGGACGACAUAGUUUCUCUUUUCGUGUCGGAGAAGAUCGACGGGAAUCUCCUCCUGCAGCUCACCGAGGAGAUUCUGUCUGAAGACUUUCAGCUGAGCAAGCUGCAGGUGAAGAAGCUCAUGCAGUUCAUAAACGGAUGGAGACCCAAAAUAUAACCCGAUGAAACAGUGAUGCCUUCAGUUUAUAUGCUAUGCACAGAGAGCCGCACACCGGCUCCUGCUUUUCCUUUAUCUCCUUUACUACAUCAUGGGGGGGGGGGAGCAACACGCUGCGGUCGGUUCGUUUCUACAAACCCUAACGGAGUAAAACUAUUUGGCACUUUCAUAAAAGGCAUUUUUACUGUUUUCAUCCGCAGCCCGUCAACGUUUAUCACAUUAACAAAAUCAAACACUUAAAUCAAACAAAAUGUGAAGAAUUUAAGGAUCUUUCAA